GGCCGCGCUGCCGCUAAGCCGCUUAGGGCCGGGCUGGCUGGCAUGAGCCUCCCCGGCGGGGCGGCUGCGGGCUGCGCGCUGCGCGGCGGCUGAGGGUGCGGAGCCCUCCGUCGUGAGGAGGGGAGGAGGCGGAGGGGACGUUCCGCUCCUCGGGGGGGAGGAAAAUGGGGAACUGCCUCAAGUCCCCCACCUCGGAUGACAUCUCGCUGCUCCACGAGUCCCAAUCGGACCGGGCCAGCUACGGGGACGGGGCCGAGCCGGAUCAGGAGCCGCCGCCGCCAUAUCAGGAGCAAGUCCCUGUUCCUGUGUAUCACCCAACCCCCAGCCAGACCCGGCUGGCAACACAGCUGACAGAGGAAGAGCAAAUCCGAAUAGCGCAGAGGAUAGGCCUUAUCCAGCACCUACCGAAGGGAGUCUAUGAUCCUGGAAGAGAUGGCUCCGAGAAGAAGAUCAGAGAAUGUGUCAUUUGUAUGAUGGACUUUGUGUAUGGGGACCCUAUUCGAUUUCUGCCAUGCAUGCACAUCUACCACCUGGACUGUAUAGAUGACUGGUUGAUGAGAUCCUUUACCUGUCCAUCCUGCAUGGAGCCAGUGGAUGCAGCACUGCUUUCAUCAUACGAGACUAACUGAGCCAGGGUUUCUCCGUGAACCUCCAAGGAGACCAUCCACUUCAAUGGGUUUGAUCCUUUUGUCAUUCAGCCCAAAGAGCCAGAAAUUAGGAAUUAAGGUCAUGCACAAAAUAUACAUUUCCUAAUGAAUAAAAAAUACUCCUGAAUGGCUGCAAAUAUUGGGAAAAAAAAGCAUAGUAUUUUAGAGAAUAUAGAAAAAGUAGGUUGUUAUUUUUAAUGUAAAGCCUUGACCCACCAUUGUCUUUAAUGUUUGUUCUUACACCCAUAUAUAGGAAUUGUAAAGUGUUACAGCAACUGUAAAUGUUUAAACUGCGUGUAUCCAAUUUUAUUAGCAGUAAGAUAAGAGUAUUUUUUUUUUUUCCUAAAUAAAGUAACUUUUUUUUUUUUUCUGAUUCUUUUCACGAGUCCUGGCAUUUGGGUCAAGGCUUUAUUAAAAUCUACAUUUUAUAACACUGGCACAAAGAAAUAGUUUUAAGCUUGUUUGCACAGUUCUUUUUUUUUUCUUUUUCUUUUUUUUUUUUUCCCUCCAUUGGAGAUGGAAUUCAUUGCCUUAGGUCUUUUUAAUAGUGUAUUGUUAUUGUUGGGCUGGCUCUAUGCUUGAAAACCAGUUUAUUUAUAACCUGUUACAAGUGCUAUAUUUUGUUUGCAGUUAGGAAUAUGCAGACUUCGAAGUGAUCUCCUAGCUUGUAAGCAAACUGAGAUGCAUUACCCCUUUUCUGCAAGUGAUGUUGAAUAUGAAGAUGCAGAACAGAUCCUGCAACUGAAAUUAUGGUGUCACGGAUUUUAGAACUCAUUUCGGUUUGGACAAAACAAAUCCUUACACUUGGAUGUCUACUUGAACUUGAUCAAGAUAAAAGUGGACCAGGAGGACGAUAAACAGUGAAGCUACCACAAUUGGAAAAAAAAAAUUAGUUCUAAUAUAGUGUUAGAAGCAAUCACUUAUUCUACCUUUUUUCUCCCUAAAAAAUGGUUGUCUUGAAUUGCAGCAAAUGGAUACUGCAUCUCUUGUUCUUGUAGUUCUUAGGUUUCAGAAGUUAAGAAUAAACAUACUGUAUCUCA